CAUCCUGACCGUCAUGCACCGCGCGGCGUCUGGGUACGAGACUGGAGCGGGGGCCCUAUAAGAUACCCAAAAUAGCCACGAGAUAUCCCGUAUGUACAGAAGUCACGAGAUUGCACUUUCAGUUUCGUAAGACGAUGUGAGGGGAGGAAGAAAGAUGUGAGGGUUGGACGCGCAAAAUCGACUUUAACAGGUCCUUGAAAUGUCCUCUGCUGAAAAACAUGCAGAGAACUUUUUAAAGCUCUGUCGAUUGCUUGUUGAUGGUGGGAGUUCCGGACUGCGAAAGAAGUUUGACUCCAUCCACCCUCCUUCAAACCUGACUACUGUCUUGAAUGAUCCUGUAAACCAUGGAGUUCUCCAUAACCUGUGGAGGCCACCAAGAGGGAGGAAGCCAGUUAUCAACAACACCCAGUGGAACACGCUGUACCCCAAGCAUGGCUCCCACCCACCCACGUCACAUGACUUUGACGUUACCCUUCUCUUCAUUCUUCUGAGAAACAUCUGUGGACUGACUCCUCCUAUAACCGGAUGGGAUGCACUUCCAGCUGCAGGUGACACAUCACCAGAAGCACACCUUGCGAGAAUCAAGUACUGCAGAAACAAUCUCUAUGCACAUGCCACUCAUGCAUCCAUUGAUGACGCUCAGUUUGAGAAAUACUGGAAGGAGAUCUCUGCCGCAUUAGUUGCACUUGGUGUCAGCGCAAGUGAUAUCCAUGAUCUGAAAACACGCCCAGGUGAGACAGCCUAUGUAAGAUUGCUAAAGGACUGGAGAGAAUCUGAUGUCGACAUACUGCAGGAAGUGAGCAAAGUUCAAAGUUCAGUGCAAGAUGUUGGCCAGCAUGUUGCCAAGGGUUUCAAAGAUGUUGGCCAGAAUGUUGCCAAGGGUUUCAAAGAUGUUGGCCAGCAAGUCCAGAGCGUAGAUAAGAAAGUACAGGAUAUUGACCAGAAUGUUGCCAAGGGUUUCCAAAAAGCUGGUCAGAAUGUCCAGAGCGUUCAUGAGAAAGCACAGGAUAUUGAGCAGAAUGUUGCCAAGGGUUUCCAAGAUGUUGGCCAGCAUUUCCAGAACUUACAAAAAGGAAUCCAGGCAAUUAAAAAGGACGCUGAAAGAGACAAGGCAGCAGCUGAACAUGAAGAAUUGGUCAAGCAAGAAGAAGCCAUCAAGAAGUGGGUAGAUUUCCUCAUAGAGGAAUACUCAACUGGGGGUACCACAGACAUCACUCCUCUGCCAUGGAUUGAGUCAGACCCCAUGUUCACCCUGAAAAAGCUGUUUAAAGAACCUACCAUCAGUGAGAAUGUAAAGAUUAAUGACUUGUUUAAGUCAAAAACAAAAAAGCGUAUGUCGAAAAGGGUGCUUCUUGAGGGGGAACCAGGUGUUGGGAAGUCAACCUUGUGUAAAAAGCUUGUCAACUCCUGGGCCCUUAGUGUUCAGAGGUGUGAACAAACUGAUGAUUCAAGCAGUGGCGAAGAAGGACCUUGUUUUUCUAGCACAGAUGAUUCAAGCAGUGGCGAAGAAGGACCUUGUUUUUCUAGCACAGAUGAUUCAAGCAGUGGCGAAGAAGGACCUUGUUUUUCUAGCACAGAUGAUUCAAGCAGUGGCGAAGAAGGACCUUGUUUUUCUAGCACAGAACAUUCCAGCAACUCAACCAGUCCUUUCCCUGCUGAAGUCGAAAUCGUCCUGCUGCUAAAAUGCCGUGAAAUCGUCGAUACUGAAGACUGGAAAGAUAUCUUGCGACAAGAGAUCCCUGAAAAUUACGCAGGCGAGGAUAAGGAGCGAAUCAUCGAAUACAUAUGCAACAACGAAAAAAGAGUCGCCCUGGUCAUUGAUGGUUAUGACGAGCUUAACACUUCUGAGAAAGCUCUUCACAAAAUCCUAUGCAAAAAGGCUCUGCCACAGAGCUUUAUCCUUAUGACUAGUCGUAAAAAUCGAAUGCAAGCUGAGGUAAAGAACUGUUUCGAUGCGAGUUUAGAGAUAAAGGGGAUUGAAAGUAGCAGUGGAGAGCAGCUAAUUCUAGAUUACUUUAGAUCAUCUGUUGGUGGGGUACCAAAUCAACUUUUGCCUCUUAUUCUUGAGAGAGACACACGGGAGCUGCUUCGUAACCCUCUACAUGCUGCUAUGCUUUGUGUGAUCAUAGAAGAUAAUAAGGAACUUCUCACAUCUCCACCAAGCCUCAACAUCACGACAUUGUACAAAGAAUUUAUAUUUUGCUUGACCAAAAGGUUUGUCAAGAGAGAAGGUUUGUCAGUGGAUGACAAUGAAAUUGAAGGGGGGUACUACCGUGAUCUAAUUUUGAAAAUAGGAAAGUACGCAUUUGAUGCACUCUUGGAAGAUAAGUUGACCUUUACGGCAAAAGACCUUCCUCGAGAUCUUUUAGAAAUUGGAUUUGUAGAAAAGAACAAGGCGACCAAGAAAAUCCGAUGCCAGGAAGUCUCGUAUUCCUUCUUGCACAAAUCACUGCAGGAUUAUCUUGCGGCAUUGCAUUUUGCUUGUUGUUUGUCUCAAGGUGAUGAGGAUGUUUUCUGGUAUGUUGAUUUAGAUGUACUAUUUACGUUUCGUUACUAUGAUAUCGUUUCUAUGAUCGGUCCGGAUAGGUCAUGUGUUGCCGUCAAGUUUCUCGGGAAAAUGUUAAUGGAAUGGAAUGGAUGUAAAGAUCUCAAGAAUCAGAAUCGAUGGAAUGUUUUGGGUCGCAUACCAUCUUCUUCGGUGUAUUCUACUGUAAUUGGAUGGAUUUGUGAAUUUUUAGAUGAGUGUAACCGACAAGAUCAAGAUAUCCUCUCUGAGGUGGCCCUCUAUCUCCCGAAAUAUGUUUUUUUUGACCUUUAUUACAAUAACAAAAGGGCUGUAUCAGGUCUGUGCCAUUGGUUGUCUUACCAACCUGGCGCGUUGCAUCACGGGACUUGUUCUCUACCUGUUUCUAAUGUGAGUGUUGCUGAAGCGAAGAACACGGGGAUUGUAGAACUCUCUCUUUCUCCCCUUGAUGAUGAUUUACUAUCGAGCGAGAUAAUACAAACAAUUCUCAAGCAAAACACUUCACUGAGAUGUUUAAGGUUAGAUUCACUUUGUAUCUAUCUAGAUAAAGCCUUGCUGGCUUUGGCGGAUCUUAUCGUACAUAAUAACGCGAUAGAGAUCUUACAAUGUUACAUUCCAUUAAACAUUCAUGUUGUCAAUGCGUUAAAACAUAACAAGUCCCUGAGAAGUCUGAACCUUUCCCUUUUGAAUUGCGCAGAUGAUUGUGUUAUGGCGAUUGCUGAUAUGAUUUAUAGGAAUACGCUUUUGAAAGAGCUUACAAUAAACGACAUGGAACCUAAGCAUGUAGAUGUUAUUGCUAACGCUUUAAGAGACAAUGUAUCAAUCAAGACUCUGACGCUGCUUGGUAGUCUUGAAUUUCGAAAUAUCCUGGUCAAGAUGUUAUCACGGAACAAUGUUUUAGAAAAAGUAGUUUUUGAAUCUAUGUUCGAUUAUCAGGCGGCGCAUCUCUUAAAAACCAUAAAACACGAAACGAAUCUGAAGAGGGUGAGCCUCGGUAUACUCAUCACUUCCGAUGAGAACUCUAUUGCACUUGCAGAGCAAAUACAACAGAGCAAAGUGAUAGACGAAUUAAGAAUAGGCUACUAUAAAGACUGUACCCUAGGGCCUAUUGAGGACCUAGGGCCCAUUGCGUCAGCUCUAGCUCUCAAUAAAUCAAUCAAGUCGUUAGAGCUUUAUGGUGAUGUCCUCUCAUCUAGUGUUGCAGAUAGGCUGUCACAAAACACAGUAAUUGAAAAACUGAAAAUUCCUACUCAAGGCGAAAACAUAGCGGUCAUUGCUACGUCUUUAUUACAGAAUCCGUCCCUAAAGAGUCUAACUAUUUUUGACGCCUCUAUUGGCACCGGAAUUGAUAACCCUGAUGCUGUAGAAAUUGCAGAGAUUUUGUCAAAGAACGGCGUUUUAAAGGAACUGUUCGUACACUAUAAAGAAAUCAGUGGCAAGGGCGCGUCCGCUUUUGCAGAUAUGUUGUCGUACAACUCGGUGAUUGAAGUACUAGAUUUAAGGUCUAACCCAUUCCAUCGCCACGGAUAUAAGAAAAUCAGACUUGCUGCACACAAAAGGAGAUGUCGUGCAGCGCCACACGCAACAUAAUAUAAUUCCACCCUUCCCCCUCGUAAUUCCGUCGUUAGCAAUAUCCCCCCCCCCCCCCCCCCCCCCACACACACACACUAACACAUCCCCUUUUAAUCUUCUGUAUGGUCCGCUCCUAGGAUCUAAUAAAAGAGAUCAUGCGUUUUCUGUAAACUAUAACACCUUGUUUGCUGGGUGCCGAAAGUCUUGUCAAAUCCAGCAAUACUGAUAUCGUAGCUGAAAGGAGGCAACCAAGCCUUUUGCUUUAUUAUCACGGAACAAGAAAAGCGCGCUAGAUAAGUAGGAAAGUAUAUAUAUACUCUAGAUUUAGUCAAAGCUCCACGCAAACAGACCUAACAACAGGUCAGUGUUUAUGAUUUCUUGUGCUUGCUGUUUGGUCCGUUUGCCUUGUACAGUUUUAUGUACAGUAUUUGUAUCUAUCUGUUCAGAUAUAACCUCAAGUAAAUUGAAUGCGAUUUUA